AUGCGAGAACAGCAGUCGCGUUUGCAAGAUGGAUCUUUCCAUGUAAUCCAAGAAUCAAGAUCAAAGGCCAAGUACAGCUUCAUCUGUCGAUUCCUUCUCGUCAACUACGGUGUCCAUAGCCCGCCAUACGACAAGCAAGAUGCAGUACUCCGCUAUCACCGCCGUGUUACUCGCAACGUCUUCCAUAGCACACAUCCGACCCCGACAAGCCAUUGCUACAACACCAGCCCCAUCCUCGUGCGACCUCAUGCUCGCAGAGUCAUCUCCAUCGUUGCUCACGUCGAUCACAGGUCCGGGUCCAAAGCCGACCACUUCUAUACCUCAGCCAUCUUCUCAAAGACAGCAGCAUUCCAAGAUCUGCCCGAGUCCGCAUCAGCAGCUUCUUCUCAGACACCAGCAUACCAAGAGCUUCCCGAAUCCUAUCGCGUCAUCACGGCACAUCCAAUGCCAUCAUCUCCGCCGUCACCCAGUCCAACUUUGGCGGGCGCAGAUCCAGGGUUCCGGGCAACUUUCAACGCGAGUCCAAACAACACCAUGACCGCCGCGACCCCAAGCUCAGAGAAAGCCUGUGUGAUCAGCUUCAUCCCAGAUUCCUCGGCAGUCGAGAUGACCUGUCUCCUCUCGCCACAGACUCCGGGUCCACCAGCGAAGACGAGAGGCAUUGAAUUCUUUCAUCUUUCGGCGAAUAUUGCAAUCGAUUGGAUUCGGUCGAACACGUCUAUACCGAUGUCGAAUGGGACGCUGGGCUGGCAGGGAGUGAACGCGACAGCGCAGAGAGUGGUUUAA